AGCCGCGCGCUCCAUGCCGCGGGACGCGAAGCCGAAGCACGCGAAGCGCCUCGCCGGAACGCCCCCAGCCUGUAGAGUGUAGCGCGGUGUAGCGGUGGCACGGUUCGACGCCCAGGGCCCAGCGACCGCCGCGACGUGCGGCCCGGGCAGCGCCGCCGCGAGUGCGCGCGCGCGUCAGUGUGUUUGUGUGAGUGGUUUGGUGGAUUGUGUGAAGUGCGCGCCGGAUCCAAAGGAUUAGGAUUAACCCAGCAGCCCGCGCCGGGCCGUCGGCCUUUGGCUUCGGCCUCUGGCUUCGGCCUUCCCUCUCCGGGGUGGCAGCACCGCCUCGUCGUCCCGCCGCCCUGCCGGAAAGGCAUGGCGCGGCGGCGUGCUGCACGCAGGAGAAGCAGUGACUCGCCCAGACCGGCCCACGAUUAGAAAAUGGCGCGCAGCGCGACCUCGUCCGACCGCAGCAUCCCUCACCUGAGGGACAUCUUCUGGAGCGGGUCCUCGUCGUCCCACGCCGCCGCCAGCGCGCCGCGCGCCGCGCCCUGGCAUGGCGGGCACGCCUCGCACGGCUCCAGAAGGCAGGACGAGCUGGCCGUCAACGAGCUGGCCUACCAGUUCCAGAACGACGCCAGGGUGACCGGCAGCAGGCCCAGUAAAGGUGCCGGCAAGGAGCACUUCUGGUCCAAGCAGGCCGCACCGCAGGGCCAGCGCUCCGACCAUGCCGUCGACCAGGGCAACGACAGCGCCAUCUCGGUGGGCUCCACAUCGGAGGACGAGCACCAGGCCGCGCCGCAGAACAAGAAGAAGAGCAAGAAGUCGCGCGCCCGCGACAACGCGCGGACCCUCACGGAGCGCGACGUCAAGCACCUCGAGCGGCACCUGUCCAUGAAGAAGACGAUCCGCAAGAAGAUCAUGCGUGACCUGCAGCAGGCCUUCGUCGAGGACCCCACUGAGUUCCGCGUCGAGGACAUCAACAGCCACGAGCAGCUCAUCCAGAGCCUGAGCUUCGGGACGCCGUCGCGGCACGCCACUCGCGGCCACCACGCCGAGUCCAACUUCCUGGACAUGCUGCGCGCCAACGGCGGCACGACCAGCACGCCCUCCUGCGCGGCGGCGCGCCAGGCCGGUUACGACGACCAGGACUCUGGCCACGGGUCGCCGCGUGGCUCGCCCACCCGCGAGCUGUCCUCGGACAGAGGCAUGACGCCGCCGUCCGCGCAGCAGCAGCACCACCAGCAGCAGCAGCACCAGCAACACCAGCAGCACCACCACCAGCAACAGCAGCUGGACGACUACGAGGACGGCGCGGCCGACGGCGACGCGUCCGGCAAGAAGACCAGCUUCUGGCGCCGGUUCACCAUGAAGAACAAGAACAAGCGAUGAGCGCGGCCCCACCGCGCGCAUCACAACUUUGCGUGUCAAUGGGCAGGUAGUCGGUUAGAGCUGCUCCACGCUUUUAAUUUUUAUUUGUUAAAUGAGCAAUUGUGUUUAGUUAUAAGUUUAGAGAGCUUAUUUUAAUGUGACGAACUUUCACAUUGCUGGUGAAAUUAAAUCCUUGACUGAUACUUUCUGUAUCCAAGCAUUGAAGAGGGGAGGUAAUUGUCCCGUAAGUUUUAAGUUCUCCCACUAACGCACUUAUGUUCUCGACGACGGGCGUCGUUCCUACACUACCGCGCCGACGAAACUUUCCUCUGAAGAGAGAGUUCGAUUUUCUAAUACUCAUGUUGACACUACUUUUCUAUUAUUUCGAGAUGCUGUCGAAUGGAUCGCCUGCGCCUGCGUUCGGAGGGCUGGCAACCCAUCCAGCACGAUCGACUCUAGAGCAAUCAGAGGAAUAAAUGAAAGUCUGAAAUAAAGGGAUCCUUACUGCAUAGAAAUACCUAUAGUGUCGAGUUUUCAGUUUGCUGUCCUGUGUACAACGAAGCUGUACUUUAACAAAGAAAGAAAAAAAAUGAUUCACUUGAGUUUGUAGCUGAUACCACCGUUUGUGGCAAGCUGUGAAAAAAAUAGUUAAACUCAACAUGAUUGUGAUACUUUAACUUAAUAGAUUGAUACUGAAAAAAUACAAAACAAAAAGAAACAAGAAAAAAAAACACAGGUCAGCGUCUUAGAAUGUUGAAGUAGCUUUUAAGAUUUCUAAUGAACACUUCAAAUACAGCAUAGGGUAUUUUUGUUUGUCAUGUUAAGUUCAUAUAGCUAAUAAUUUUUAUAAAAAUAUUCACUAUAUGUUGUAUUUUUAUUGAACGUUGGAUGUAUGAAUUUCAUUAGUCUCCCUUGGAAAAUUAAAUUCUGAUUUUUAAGACACAUCCAGAACAGUGGGACGGUGCGGAAGGGAAUGUCAGAGUAACAGAAACAAUGGAGGAAAAUAAAUUUGAUAUUAGUAAUUGA